AUGGAACGGGAGACAGACAGCGCCUCUUCCACCUGUUCUCCGCCGCCGGCCUCGGCGCUUCAGUGCCUCGAGGAAGAAGCGUCGCUUUCUCCCUCGCCUUCGCAUGCAUCAGCCGACUCGCUCUUUCCCCCAUCAGGACAGGAAGUCGCGAGGGAAUUGGCAGGAGAUGAGACGAGGGCUGAUGCCUCCAGCCUCAACCAUGGAAACUGUGGCAGACACACAGAGGCACAGCCUCGCAGCUCGGAGAGCGAGCUCACACUGGCGGUGCGAGAACCCGGAGAACAUCGAACGCCGCACAGUGCAAACUUUCCUGCUUCUCCGUCCUCCUCGGUCGCGCUCGCGCUAGUGGACAAGGGCGAAAGCGAAGGGCGACCUCGCGAUCCGCAGUCGACGGGAGCCCGUUGCGCUCUCCCGCGGAAACGCCUGAUGAUCGAACGUGUCGUGCUGGAGAACUUCAAGAGCUACGGCAAGAAGAAGACGAUCGGCCCCUUCCAUAAACGCUUUACGGCCAUUGUGGGCCCGAACGGCAGUGGCAAGAGCAACGUCAUCGACGCAAUGCUCUUUGUCUUUGGGCGGAGAGCGCAGCAGAUUCGCCUGAAGAACGUCGUCGAACUCAUCCACAACUCGGCCGCUGCAGGGGGCGGCGAGCCUCUCCAAACCGCCAGAGUGACCGUCUUCUUCCAGGAAAUAUUUGACCCGGAUCCGGAUUCGGAGGAUUUCGAGGUGAUCCCCGGUUCGCAGUUUGUCGUGUCGCGCGAAGUGUCUCGAGCCUCGAACUCGACGGAGUACCGUGUGAACGGCCAGCGCGCCCAGCAGCGACAGGUCGUCGAACUGCUCAAGUCGAAGGGUCUCGAUCUGCAAAACAACCGUUUCCUCAUUUUGCAGGGCGAAGUCGAGCAGAUUGCCCUCAUGAAACCCAAGGCAACGCGGCCCGAGGAGACAGGCCUUCUGGAGUAUCUCGAAGAGCUCGUGGGAUCGAACCGCCUCGUCGAGCCCAUUCAGAAGGCGCAGGAAGACUACGAAGCGUCAUGCCAGCAGUACCAAGAAAAAGCAAAUCGCUGUAGGGCGGCCGGCGCGGAAGUGAAGCAGCUGGAAGGCCCGAAGAACGAGGCGGUCAAAUUUCUUCAGUUUGAAAAGCAAGUUCAGACAAACGCCCUCCUUCUCGCGGCUCUCGACGGAAGGGAGCUCAGUGGAGUGUAUCGCCAGAAACGCCGCGAGCUAGCCAAAGUGGAGAGGCAGAAAGAAGAAGACGAAGAAAAGGGCGCUGCUCUCGCGCAGCAGUUCGAGGCGUUGGGUAAAGAGUUGGAUGAGUUGUGGAAGAAAGACAAAAAGCUGCAAACGCAGUUCGCUGAGGUCGACGGGAAGUUCAACCAGAUGGUGUGGCGCGACGAGGAGCUGCGGAACGAACUUUUCAGCGAGGCGCAGGCCAGCGAGGAGAAGACGCAGAAGGUGAAGGCGAACGAGAAGAAGCGCGAAGAAGAGCAGAAACUGAUUGACAGCCGCCAGGCGGAGGCGGACGAGAAGAAGCUGCAGAUUCCCGCGGCAGAAGAAGCCUACGAGAAGGCGAAAGAAGACGUCGAAACCUACAGAGAAUCGAUUCAAGACGAAGUUCGGCGUCUCGCAGCCGCCCACAGCAAGGCGGAGCAGCAACUCGCGCCGCUUCAGGCCAAGCUGGACGACCAGAUGAAGGGGAUCGCCAAGUUAAACAAGGAGUUCUCGCUCCUCGAAAAGAAGAAACUGCGAGGCGAACAAGAAUACAAAAAUCUGGAGGAGAGUCUGACGAAGCUGACGCAGCUGCUCCAGGAUCGGACCGCAGGCACCAAGCAGAAGACGCAGCUACUCUCGACUAUUCGCGCGGAGAAGACGCAAGCGACGCGUCGGCGCGAGGAGGCGCAGGGCGAAGUGUCGCGUCUCCGAGAAAGGCUGCGCGAAAUCCAGAGCAAGGCGCAUGCAAUCGAGGCACGCCGCGUCGAAUCCAAAUCGAACAGUCGCCUGAUGCAGGCUCUGCAGCAAAUGAAGAAAAAGGGGGAGAUAAAAGGCCUACACGACCGCCUCGGCGAACUGGGGUGUAUCGAUAGAAAGUACGAAAAGGCGUUCAUGGCUGCAGGAGGCGGCUUCUGCUCCUUCCUCGUCGUCGAGGAGCCACCGGACGCCACGGCCAUCUUCCAGAUUCUUCGCCAGCAAAACCUGGGACGGGUUAACAUCAUGGCGCUUCGCGUUCUCGAAAGAGAUCUCGCAGGCUACAUGCAGCGUUCGGACUCGGAAGCGCGCGCAGGCGACUUUCCACUGCCCCGCCUCAUCGACCUCGUUUCUCUCAAAAACGAUCGCUACAGAGUCGCCUUCUACAAAGCUGUGGGCGACACCGUCGUCGCGUCUGACAUGGACGAAGCUUCUCGAAUCGCCUAUUCGCAAAGAAGAAGAGUUGUAACUCUGGACGGCGGCCUGAUCGAGGUCGACGGGCGCAUGGUGGGGGGCGGCGUGCGCGACAGCCCCGGGAGCGGGCGAGGGAUUCGCGUCUCCGAAGGCCCAAGCGUGGACAACAUCGCGGAGGAAGAAGACAACUUGCCAGAACUCCGAGAAGAGAUUCGAGAGAAGGAACAGAGACUUCAGAACGCCCUCCGAGAAAGCGAAGAGAGCGAGGAGUCCCUCACCAGACUGGCGGCGCAGGAGGAGGAGACAGAAAGCAGUUUGGCCCUUCUUCAACAAGACAUCCAAGCAGCAGAGAGACAGGUGAAGGCGCUACGUAGACGAGAGAAGCCGAAGAAUUUGCCGAAACUGGCGGCCGUCGCCCUGCGCAAACAACCUUUCUUGGGGAGCGUUUUCGCGCUUUCAGGCUCACCUGCGACUUUUUCAAUUCGCCUUUUCUCUGCGCUGCAAUACGUUCAGGUUCAAGAGGUGACAGAGCGUCUCGCGUCUCAGAGCAAAGAGAGCCUCUCGAACGAGGAGAAGAAGAAGAUGGUAGCGCUUCAGAAAGAGAUCGACGCCGCCAGCGAGAAACAGAAAGAUACCGUCGAAAAGGUGAAGAACCAGGAACGCGUCGUGAGCGAGUUGUACCAGAACGUGCAGAACGCCGGCGGAGAGGAGAUGAAGACGCGGAAGAACAAACUUCUGGUGGCAGAACGCGAUUUGAAUCGCCUCAAGGGGCAAGUGACGUUCCAGCUGAAAGAAGUAACCGACCGGAAAGUCGAAUGCGAGAAUCUGAAACGCGCCAACGUACGGCUCACCAAGGAAGUUGCAGAUCACCAGAGACGCCUGACGGAACUGUCGGAACAGCUGUCCCAGAUGGAAGACGAGGCAAAGGAAGUGCUGGCGGAGAAAGAAAAGAUCGAGGAAGAGCGAAGCAAACUCGAAGAGGAAAUGAAAGGCCUGCGAUCGCGGAAGGAAACAGUCGAAGAAGACAUCAAGCAGCUCGGACUCAACACCCUGGACGUCAAGCACCAGUUGACGACCCUGCAGGCUGCGGUGGAGCAAGCGAGUCAAGCGAGGCAGGCACAGCUCCAGCAGUUCUCGUCGGCUGUGGAAAAGUUGAGCGAGUUGCAAAAGAUGCUGAGAGACGAGGGCGGAGACGACGAAGGAGACGAGGGGUCGGCCGACAACGAGGGCCAGCAGAGCGAGAACGCGGCGGGAGAAGAUACAGUGCAGGACGCGGCGCAAGGCGAGCAGGAGGUCGAGAUGGAAAGCGACGAGAAGAAGGCAGAAGGAAUGGAGACGACGAAGAGGCCGGAAGGAGAGGAAGCAGGGGGAGAGGUCCCGGGCUCGAAAGAAGCGGGAAGUUCCGACAGCGACGGCGAGCAAGAUGCGGAAGACGAUUUCGCGUCUCUUCUCUUUACUCGUUUUGGGGAACUUCUUCGGAGGCUGAACCUGGAAGCCUCUCUCGCGGCCUCGAACCUGAGGAGCCUCGACAAAAAGACGCUACUGGCGGAGAGACAGAAAUUCGGAUCGGAGCAGAAGAAAGGGCGCGGCGCAGCGACCGGCGAAGGCGGCAGUCUGCAUGCGCUCGUGCUGUAUCGACAGAAGAAGAAGGAGUUCGAAAAGAAGGAAGAAGACAUGCAACACGCCUGGAAGAGCAGAGAGGCAGCCAAACGCCAAGUCGACCUGCUCUGUGCAGAACGGAAAAAAGAAUUCAUGGACGCAUUCGUCAUCAUCGCUGCAAAACUCAAAGAAACCUACAGAAUGCUGAGCCAAGGCGGGGACGCAGAGCUGGAGCUCGUCGACUCCUCCGAUCCUUUCUCUGAAGGCGUUCUCCUGUCCGUCCGUCCACCCAAGAAAAGCUGGCGACUCAUCCAGCAUCUCUCAGGAGGAGAGAAGACUCUCAGCAGCUUGUCUCUGGUGUUUGCGCUGCACCACUUCUCGCCCACCUGCGUCUACUUUCUGGACGAAAUUGACGCCGCUCUCGACUACCGAAAUGUGUCAAUUCUCGCGAACUUUGUCAAACAAAAGGCAAAGGACGCUCAAUUCAUCAUCAUUUCCCUCCGCAACCAACUCUUUGAGCUCGCCAAUCGCCUCGUCGGCAUCUACAAAACUUUCGAUGUGACGAAAUCCGUGGCAGUUGAUCCCGGGCGGUUCUCGUCGGACGACCGAGGCGAGGAAAACAAACGGCCCAUCGCCUCGGGCGAACCCGAGAGCCUCGCGAGUCAGACUGCUUCGCCCCUCCUGCACAGACAUCGAGAACCCGAGAAGAAACGGGGAGAGGUGUCGACUCCACUGCAGCUCCUCUCCCUCUAG